CGUGCCUAUGCGACCCACUCUUUGUUGUUGGAAUUUGUAACGAUGAAUUGAUUAUUAACGCAUAUGUGCUGCUUUAACAUUUACUUAAAGACUACAAGCCAAGCUGUAAAGGAACAGUAGAGUAGGAGAAAGUUCCGGGUGUGAAGUGGGAUCCCGAGAGAGCAUAAUAUCCAGCUUUAUUCCGGCAAAGACCAGCAGGAAAUGAAUGCGGUCGAGAGGGGAGGACGAUGGAGCGACUGGGGUCUCAAAAAUUUAAAGCCAGCGGAGUAGAACGAGCGAAUUCAGGGAGGGAAAGAGAGAGGGCUAAGGGCAGUUGUUGCUGCAAUGCACCUGCCUUGGCCUUCUUCUGCGGUUUCUGCCUCUCUUACCUGUUAUUUGCUUUCACCACCUCUACCUUUUCAUUAUACUCACACAAAGACAAACACAAUGAGUCAAAUUUGUGGAUGAGGAGUGAAUCUGUAAUGACAGGGCCACAGGAUGAGCAAGGCAGACGGGAAGAGAAGAAGAUAGAGUUAUUACAGUCUAUGUGGGAAGCACAUUAUGUCAAUCUAAAGAAUAAGAGUUCAUCCUUUUCUAAGGCGGUUGGACAAGUGCCUAAGGCACCCCACAUACAGGAUUGCGAAGCCUAUGUAAACACCAGCAAACAAUUGGACAGUGGUGGAGCACAUUGGAGCAUUUGGAAGGGGUAUCUGGGAGUUGUUUUUUCGAAAGAACAAAAAGAAGACCCAUUGCUGGUCGAGCCUAAAACCAUACCUCUAGCUCCCUAUCCUCCAUGGGUUGAAGGGGGAGAUGAGGAUAAUCUGCCAAUGACCAGGCAUGUGCAGCGGGAUUUAUGGCUGCAACAGCAUCCAAGGAACUGCCAUGAUCCUCGUUUAAGGUUUCUUUUCACUGACUGGGAAAGUAACCCAGGAUUUGGGAUUGGUGCGCAGAUAGCUGGUAUGGCAGGAAUGCUUGCUCUUGCUGUUAACCAGAACAGGAUUUUGGUUACAAAUUAUUUCAAUCGGGCUGACCAUGAGGGCUGUGCAGGUUCCGUGCAUUCACGAUGGUCAUGCUACUUUUUACCUGAAACGUCAGCUGAAUGUAGGAAACGUGCAUUAGAGUUGGCCUCACAAGCAGAGGCAUGGGAGCAAGGCCUCAUAACGACCAAGCACAAUUAUACCACAAAGGAAAUUUGGGUUGGCAAGAUACCUAGAAAGUGGGGUAAACCUUGGGAGAGAAUGCAACCAACAACUGAGAUACAAAGCAAAUUGCUUAAGCAUCAUCGAACCAGAGAUAGGAGAUGGUGGCGAGCUCAGGCAGUGCGUUAUUUGAUGAGAUUUCAAACUGAGUACACUUGCAAAUUGCUGAAUAUUGCCCGCCACCAAGCAUUUGGAAUGAAGGCUGCAAAAAUUGUUCUGCAGACACUACCUCCUGAAUGGCCAAAGGUGGCUAUUACAAAAUAUGAAUCAGAGAUUGAACAUUAUGUCUGGGCUAAUCACAGGCCCUGGGCUCCAAGACCUCUUUUGAGCAUACAUGUUAGACUUGGGGACAAAGCAGCAGAAAUGGAGAUAUUUGGAUUUCAAAGCUACAUGAAUCUUGCCAAACAAAUCCAAAAACGUUUUCCUGAUGUCAAAAAUAUUUGGCUGUCAACAGAGAUGCAGGAUGUCAUUGACCAGUCAAAAUCCUAUGUUGGGUGGAACUUUUAUUAUACAAAUGUGAGACGACAGGUGGGAAACAUGACCAUGCCAUUCUAUGAGGCCAGUCUGGGAAGGGAAACCAGUACCAAUUAUCCUUUAGUGAACUUCUUGAUGGCUGCUGAUGCAGAUUUUUUUGUGGGGGCCCUUGGAUCAACAUGGUGCUACCUUAUAGAUGGUAUGAGGAGCACUGGUGGCAAAGUGAUGGCAGGUUAUCUAAGUGUCAACAAGGAUAGGUUUUGGUAACAGAUUGUGAUUGAAUAUUGUCAAAUGCCUAAAAGCACAUUCAAGGGAUACAUUUCAGCAGGGAGCGUUGCUUUUGGUGUGGUCGGAAGCCACGGACUGGGAAAUAUACAGAGGCAUUAUAUCAUUCAAGGUGGCUGUAGAGUUUAUAUUCCUUCACAGAAGUCUAUCCUGUUCUUGUAUUUUAGCAUCACUGAUCAUUUCCAUACUAGAAUAAAAUGUCUCAUGUAAAAGUCUUUCAACUUCAAUUUUUUAUUAUAGAAAAGCAACUGAAUUAGUAGCUUGCAACUUAGCAUGUGCUUUUGGUAUUUUAAUUUUGUUGAAUAGUGUGCUAGACAUGUUGGGAGUUAAUUUCCUGUCCCUACUUUGGUACAAUGAUUCCAAAAUGGUAUUAUAUUCCAGCUAUUGCCUUCCAUUGCAUUGGUUGAAUAGUACCUUAAUAAAAUAAAUAAAAUCACUAUUCAAAUUA